ACUACUUUUAUAUAUUAUUAAAGUUCUUUAUUUUCCCUUGGCCAUUAAUGCAGUACAAUCAGCUUGUUUUACUUGGAACAAAACAGUGUUUGGAGAUUUGUUUCGACGCAAAAGACUCCUUAGAGCAAGACUUGUGGGCAUACAGAACUCCCCUCAUUAUACCUACUCACCUUUCCUGCCAAGCUUGGAAACUGAACUACUGGAAGAUGAUGAGACGUGAAAGGAAUCGAAUCACAGCUUUGAAAAUUGAAGAUUCUUGGGUAACAGAUCCAAUACCUUUGAAGACGCAUGUCAGGGAUUUUUUUGUGGCCCUAUUUUCUCGAAAGGAGACUAUAGCUACAGCCAAUGACUACUCCUACUUUCAGCUAGGAAUGUUAGAUGCAGAUAGUGCUUCCUUAUUACUUCCUAUUUCUAUGGAGGAGAUUAAGAUAGCCCUCUUUUCCAUGAAAGGCUUAAAAAGUCCUGGCCCUGAUGGUAUUCAGCCGAUCUUCUAUCAGAAACACUGGGAAGUAGUCUCAGCCUACAAAAUUCUGUCCAAAGUAAUAGUUAACAGACUGCGCCCUUACUUGCAGAAUUUGAUUGGUCCUUUGCAGAGCAGCUUCCUUGCUGGUCGAAGCACAACUGACAAUAUCAUUCUGGUCCAAGAGGCUAUCCACGCUAUGAGGAGGCUAAAAGGGAAGAAGGGGGCAGUAGCUUUUAAGAUAGAUCUUCAUAAAGCCUUUGACACUUCCAUCGCCCAAAUUGAGAUCAUUAUGGAUUGUCUUUCUGAAUUUGCCGGUCGUUCAGGAUUGGAGAUAAACUUGAGCAAGUCUAAACUAUUUGUUUCUCCAAAUAUUCAGCGCCAGUUAGCAAAUUCAUUUAGCUUUGCUUGUGGAAUUCCAUUAACAAAUGAUCUCGGCACUUAUUUCGGGGUCCCUAUUAUCCAUGGUAGGUUCAAGGCUAGUAGCUAUAAGUACAUCCUUGAAAAGAUGCAGCUUAAACUUGCAGGGUGGAAACAACAUCUUCUAAGCAUGGCGGGUAGGAGAACACUAGUGCAAUCAGUAACUUCCUCGAUACCAACCUAUACUAUGCAAACUGUUCUGCUUCCUAGUAGCACAUGCUCUGCCAUUGAUACUUUGAAUCGCAAUUUUCUUUGGGGUUCAGAUGUACAAGCUAAUAAACCACACUUAGUCCAGUGGAAUGAUGUCUGUUUGCCGCGGGAAUAUGGUGGCCUAGGUGUGAGAUCUGCUAAGGAUUGUAAUAAGGCCUUGAUUGCCAAGCUAGGAUGGCAAAUACUCUUAGGGAGUGAGAAACCAUGGUGUCAAGCGAUGAAGCGUUCUGGAUCGGGCAUUCAGUUCUGGAAUGACAUUUGGGCAGAAUUUCUUCCAGAAAAUGUGCUUCAACUUAUAGCAGCUAUUCCGUUACCUUUAACUGACCACUUGAGGGACCAGAUGUAUUGGCAUGAUUCUCCUCAAGGGGACUUCACGGUUAAGGAAGGGAAUUCGGCUGCAGACUUUAUGGCAGCCAUGGGUCAUGAUUUAGCUUUGGGCACUACUCUCUUCACUGAGCCCCCGAGAGUUGGAGAAUUUUCGCCUCUUUGCAACCACCAAACAAAAAUUAAAGAGAGAGUUGAGAAGAAGAGAUUGCACAAUGAUUUUAUAGAGGUUCGGUCCAACCACUUUGAACCUAGUCCUCUACCUUGGCUUCACUCACCAAGGAUUUCCUUCACACUCUCCACUAGCAAAAACAAUGGUGGCUUAAAGGAGCCACUCAAUCCUUUACAAGAAGAAGGGUUUCUCUCAAAUCUCACCCCUUUACAAGAAGAAGGGUUUCUCUCAAAUCUCACCCCUUUACACUUUAACCCCAAAGAUCCUCUCUUCAGAUCACUCUUGAAGGAAUCAACACAUCCCCAAGAUCACUCACUAAUAGCACAAGAAGGGGAUUACAAGUAAAGAUCUCUCAAAGAUCAAAAACUCAAGUUAAAGCUCAUGUAGGAUACAAAGCUCGAGCUGCAGAAUUGUCAGGAGAGCUGGCUUAACAUAUUAGAACCGGCUCUGCAGAGCCGGCUUACAUUUCCAGAGCUGGCUAUCCGGGUCUGCAGCACAUUCUGUUUUUCUCGAGAGCCGGCUGCAAAACUUUAAGCCGGCUUUGCAACUCCGACUUUAAAUACAUUUAAUAUUCUUCA